CCCAUUCAUCUUCCAACUACCUACGCCUUCAUGUUCCUCGACAUCCAAUCCAUAUCUGGCCGGCUCGCAUCUCAUCCAUCAUCUUUUUACCAAUUUGGAACUAAAUCAGUUGGCGACCUAUACCCUGUUAUCAUGCCUAUAUCAAAAGCCCAUAUGGCCUGCUUGACAGCUUCUUGUUUUCAGCCGAGCCGCUGUUAAUCCGCGAAUACCACAGCCCUCAACCGCCGCAGUAGCUAGUCGACACUCGACCUAGUAACUUGGCGGUCCCGCUCUUCAAGUUAUACCCCGGUAUUAUGGGUGCCUGGAUAUUUUAGGAUCUCAACGGCUGGAUGGCAUAGCACUUGCCGCGGGCAGACAAGCCCCGAAGGCUUCAUCGACCUCACAGGCUAUUGUUCAAUGAAGUCUGUCCACUUGUCCAGUUUCAACUAAUCCUUUCACGCCUAGCAAUGAAGCCGGAUACGGAUGCUUUUUGGACAAUUCGGGGAGUCGUCGAGUGGCAAUUUGAUACUGCUGAACGAGACCGGGAUAAGCGAUGGGAGAAAAGGCGUCUCACGUCAUCUUCGGAAAAGGUCAGGAACUAUAGGCAGGAUGCUGGCGGGGGCGAUUCACCAAUGCCAAUGACCGCUAAACCCAUGCUAAGCGUAUGGUCGGUGGUCCCGCGCUGGGGAGUGGGCGCAGCCGGUGGCCUCUUAUUGCGUCAAAAUUCUCUUCAAAAUGGUGGGUGAUGGGAGCUGGGUUGGUCCAAUAAGCCACAAACGUAAUGGCAAGAUCCGUCUGUUCGGCACUACCAGGAGGCAGCGUGGCCGGGAACCAAGCGGCCAUCCACAGGCUGCCCCUCAUGAUACUCAGCCCUACCAACCUACCUCUACCACGUUCUAUCCAUUAUACUCCAAGCUGACCCCCAAGAUCCGUUUGAAUUCUCUCCCUCCCACUUCCUCUCUUGUUUCGUCUCUCGUCCCACACCAGGGCCAGAUUCAUCAUCCGACUUGGGCCAAAUUCCAGCGACUCAUCAAAUCCAGGCUUCGGAGAUCGGCUACUAUACCCUGCCCACACCUCUAUAGAGGUGAAUAAACUUUCAUUUAUCGGUGUUACAUAUCUACCCACAGCAUCCAAUGUCCACCAUGUUGCGCAAGAAGGAAGCCUUCACCGUUAUCACGCCCAUCCCGGGCUUCAUUCCACGACAGUUGGCCAUCGACAUCCUUCAUUCUCAUUCUGAAGUCAUUACUCUUAACCCUCUUGUCCUCGACCACAAGCCCAUCGCGGCCCCCCAGGAUGCAGAAACAGACGAGUAUUAUGCGACAUGGUAUGAGAUCACCGAACGAGUCACGAUUCUGCCUGGAAUUGGGAGGAUGGGGGCUACAACCAUCAAGUUCAAUGGCUGCUUUCACGACAUGCCGUGGGGUCUUCAGACUCACAUAUACGCCCCCAUGAACGUUGACCUUCGCAACACCUAUCGCAUCGCCGGUAAUCAACCAAACUUUGAGCCUCCAGAGCCACUUGAGAUGGGGUUAUCAGCUCUUGGGGCACCGUCGGAUGGGUUAUAUCUCCGUGAGGAUAUUGAGAUCAAGUGCAGUCGCACUGUCAUGAGCUUUGUCAAGUCGCAAAUGAAGAAGGCGGGUGGGGAAAUGGUGAGACGCAUCAUCAAGAAGGCUGAGUUACUGGAUGCUGGCGUGCUUCAGGCUAUGAUCGAGGACGGAAAGCUGAAGACGUUCAACCCGGCCGACAAGAGGAAUACAGUCCGACGACCGGCGGUGGCUUCUCCGGGCCCUCAGUUUUCGCCCACAUUUGCCAGCUCAUCGGCCUCUGGUACACCACCUCAGUCUCCCGGUAUUCCCUACCAGAUCCCGCGACCGCUAUCUGCUACUCCCAGUCAACACCGGUCAAGUACUCCUGGAUCCUACCACCGUCCUAACAGCUACGGAAAGGCACCAGCUGCUUUCGGCUAUGGAACCCCGAAUGGACCACAGGAGCUGUCUGUCACCAACCCUGAACCGGUCUCAAAUGGUCCGAUUGAGAUGCCAGGCGACUUCUACCACGCCCCAUCAAACCUUCAGCCUCAAUCUCUGUCAUCCUCCAACCGAAAUUCCAGUCAGUCAUACUCGUCCGACCGGCCACAAGCAAGCCCGAACCCAUCAUUACGCAGCGGGUUCCCGUCUCCCGCUUUGGACAAGAAUUUUGGACUACAGACUCACCAGGAAACGUCCGAGGAGCACAGGGAGGAGGCUUUGAAGAAAUUAGACCCGCGUAUCCCGCAUCCGUCUCACUACGCUCCGUAUAAUCCAGCGGAUUACGGUCCCGUGGACCCGUUGAAAGUUCCCGGCAACCAGUAUGGACACAGUCCACAGGCUCAGCAGCUGUAUAAGAACACAUACACAAGGUGAUGGAACAGGAACGAAUUUAACAGGUUUUUUUUUUUCAUUUUUUUUUUCCAAUGUGGCUUGACAUUGGAUGAUAGACAGGCAGGUGGCUAUAUCUUGUUUUUUUUACUUGGUUCUUCAAAUACCCAUUCGCUUUUUUCUUUGCUAUAAUAUGUGUACAGACUUUUGACUUUAUGUGAUGAUGAAGACUUGGACGGGAAAAAGAGGAGUUAGCGUGCUGGUUCAUUGUCAAGGCACUUGAAGGUUCGAUAAGAUCAAUGUAAUUCUUCACUUUGCAGGCGCCAAGUUGAGAGAGCAUUGUCCCGUAGGCCUAACCAAAUAUCCUCUGCAGCACUUCCAGGCAGCAAGACUUAAAUUAGUGUCACACCCAUUCAUCACAGUAUGUGCGUGAUGUGCUAUGGUGGAAUAUCAAAU